AUGGGGAAUCAUUCUGAAUUUUCUGAAUUUCAAUCAUCAAUAUCAAAAACAAAUGAUAUUAUCUUAGGAGUUUUAUAUUCAUUAUUUGGUGUUUGUUCUCUUACUGGCAAUACAGUGCUUUUGAUAGUGGCCUAUCGUAAAAGAUCUAUGCUUAAGCCGGCUGAAUUCUUCAUUGCUAAUCUUGCUAUCAGCGACCUGGGGAUGACUGGAACACUUCUGCCUCUGGCUAUUCCUUCCUUAUUUGCACACAGGUGGCUCUUUGACCAACGUAUUUGCCAGUACUAUGCAUUUUGUGGUGUCUUGUUUGGACUUUGUAGUCUCACCAACCUCACAGCUUUAAGCUGUGUUUGUUGCAUGAAAGUUUGUUAUCCAGCUUAUGGAAACAGGUUUUCAUCAUCCCAUUCCCGAGUUUUGCUCUUCUGUGUUUGGACUUACGCCUUUGUGUUUGCUGCGGCCCCAUUAGUAGAUUGGGGGAUUUAUGGCCCAGAACCCUAUGGAACAGCUUGUUGUAUAGACUGGAAAGCUUCACACAGGAAUCAAAAGGCAAUUGCGUACAUUGUCACACUGUUUGUUCUCUGUUACAUCAUUCCUUGUGUGUUGAUACUGAUCUCCUACACCCUCAUACUUCUGACAGUGAGAGGAUCGAGGCAAGCAGUGCGGCAGCAUUUGUCCCCACAAGCCAAAGGAAACAGCGUACACAGCUUGAUAGUAAAGGUCAGUGUUGCAGUUUGCAUUGGAUUUCUAUUAGCCUGGACGCCAUAUGCUGUUGUGGCAAUGUGGUCUGUUGCAAAUGUAAAAAGUGAAAUGUCAUCACUAGUGUUUGCUAUAGCUGCAGCAUUUGCAAAGUCAUCAACACUUUACAACCCAGUGGUAUAUCUGCUGCUUAAGCCCAACUUUCUAAGCACUUUAACUCAAGACCUAGCUCUGCUUCAGUCCAUGUGUACUAUAAUUUGUCAAGGGUGUAACCCAGCGAAGAGAACCUUUAGUUUAGCUACAAAGGUCAAGAGCUCAACAAAAACUACUGACAAUUUCAGAGAAAACCAAGGGUCCUGCAGAAGCUGCAAUGAUACCUUUGAAUGUUUUCGUAAAUACCCAAGGUGUUGCAAUUUUAAACACAUGGAUAAUGUUCCACCUAUGACCAUUACUGUGGACGGGAAUCCAACUAAUAUCCCACAGUCCGUCAGGGGAAAAGCUGUGCAUCUUAUUGUAUAUUCCUCAAGAACUAGAUCUGGAGCUGAUAUCACUGAGGUUGCAGCAGGAAGAUUACCAACGGACUAUGGAAAAGACUUUAUCUGAAUUAGCCCUGGAUAUCAAAUAUUUUUUUCCACAACUAUACAUUAAUAAAACGUGUUUGGAAUAAU